AUGCCUGAAGGUGCCGUGCGUCAGAUUUUCGCGGUCGUACACGGAACUGCGUUGUUGCCGUGUGACAUUGCACCACCGAUACCCCACGAUCCCCUGGACACUGUCAUACUGGUGGUUUGGUACAGAUAUGAGAAAACUGCGAUAUACAGCGUGGACAUCCGAGACAAGUUUACGGACCCGAACAAGUCGCAUUGGAAAGACGAGUCGUUGGAGGGCAGGUCACACUUCCGAAUGCUAUCCGAACCGGCCAUGUUGACCAUCGAUAACGUAUCGGAAAUGGACGCCGGAAUUUACAGAUGUCGAGUAGACUUUCGGAAGUCACCGACCAGAAACUCCCGACUGAACCUAACAGUUAUUGUGCCACCACAGAAACCGGUCAUCCUGAGCGAGUACAACGAGGAGAUAGAACACACAGGACCGUUCUACGAGGGCGAUCGGGUGAAGUUGACAUGCAUGGUAUCCGGAGGUCGCCCGGAACCAAAGGUCAGAUGGUGGCGGGGAGAGACGGUAAUGGAUACCGGAAACGAAGGUAUUUCCGGACAAUUUACAGCAUCAUCAUCGUCGGUGAAACAAAACGAAAUGACCAUCGAAGCGCUGGGCCGGUACGAUCAGGGAGCCGUGUACACUUGCCAGGCUUCAAACAGCAACUUGUCCGCCCCUGUCAGUGCCAGCGUCACAAUCGAAAUGUACCGUAAGUACACCCAUUGA